GCGGGGGCGUGGGUCUGAGACGUCACUCCAUAGUCACAGAGUUGGAGCCUGAAUUUUCAUCCAGACACUGCUUCUGUCUGAAGUACCACAGAGUUCUCCUACAAGGUUCUACUACAGAGUUCUACAACAGAGUUGGACUGGGUUCUUCUUCUGUGGUGCAGAUGGACUCAGUAGCGCCCCCCGGCCUCUCUCUGGUCUCUGUCCUGUCUCUGUUAGCAUGUAGCAUCCAGGUGUUAGCUGCCGUCCUGCUAGCACGCAGGUAUGGUGGGCGGAGCUCCGCAGAGGACAGGUGGAUCCUGAUGUGGCUGUUUUAUGAUGUCAUCGUCCACCUGACACUGGAAGGUCCGUUUGUCUACAUGUCUCUGGUUGGGACAGUGGAGACGUCUGAAGGUCCUCUGGCUGAACUCUGGAAGGAGUACGGUAAAGCUGAUGGUCGCUGGCUCAUUUCUGAUCCGACCAUCGUCUCCAUCGAAAUACUGACCGUCGUCCUCGACUCACUGCUCGCUGUGCUCCUGAUACACGCAGUACUGAGGGACAAAUACUACAGACACUUCCUGCAGGUGUCUCUGAGCGUGUGCGAGCUGUACGGCUGCUGGAUGACGUUCUGUCCUGAUUGGCUGGUGGGCAGUCCUCACCUGGACACGUCCUCCUGGAUCUACCUGUGGGUCUACCUGGUCUUCUUCAAUGGGGUCUGGGUCCUGGUCCCGGUUCUGCUGCUGCUCCAGUCCUGGUUCUCUCUGAGGCAGCUGCACAUGCUCAGAGCAGACGGUGGCAUCAACAAGAAGACGGCGUAGAGACAACGGACGGUGUUUUAAAUGUUAUUGGAAUGUUAUUGAUCGACACCUGAGACUGACUGAUUGAUUGGCUGAUUAAUUAGAGUCAACACUGUUCACAUAGAUCACUGAUAUGAGACUUUAAUGAUCGGUCCCUACAGUCUGAUUAUUGAUCAGUCGUCACAUCCUUACAGCAAACAACAGAUAAUUAUUAUAAAUAAUAAAUGUAGAGACAUUAAUAUUUA